ACCGUGAGUAAGGGAGACGGUGCGGGGAGUGACUCCGUCUGCUCCGACGUAUUCCUGGUAUCGCUUCUCGGCCUUUUGGCUAAGAUCAAGUGUAGUAUCUGUUCUUAUCAGUUUAAUAUCUGAUACGUCCCCUACCCGGGGACCAUAUAUUAAAUUGAUUUUUGGAACAGGGAGAUGGAAUAGGGGCUUGCUCCGUCCACUCCACGCAUCGACCUGGUAUUGCAGUAUUUCCAGGAACGGUGCACCCCCCCCUAAACAUGUGGAAAAACAACGUUAAGCUAGCUGUGUAUUUUAGUAGUGUUCGUGUGGAUCGUGAAGGUACGGUGCAUCCUAUCGUAAAUUUCACCUAAACAGAGCUUAAUCAGGUAGCCUCAAAGAAACAUGUCCUCUCCAGAGAUCGCCUCGCUCUCCUGGGGCCACAUGAAGGUGAAGGGAUGCUCUUCCACCUACAAGGACUGUAAGGUCUGGCCUGGAGGGAGCCGAGCCUGGGACUGGAGAGAGACCGGGACUGAUGUAAGUGGAACCAGAAUCCAAAUGAGGACGGACUGCUGUAAAUUAGCUCGGAGGCAAAUUUGUGAUGUUGAGCUUUUUGCUUCUCAGCAUUACCCCGGAGUACAACCUGCUGACCUGGACGAGGUGCUGAAGAAGGGAAUCGACCUGCUGGUAAUUGGCAGAGGCAUGAGCGAGGCUCUGCAGGUUCCCUCCUCCACUCUGGACUUUGUGAAGCAGAAAGGUGUUGAUGUAAAAGUCUUGCAGACAGAGAAGGCUGUCGCUGAAUACAACAAACUGGCUGGCCAGGGUGCAAAGGUGGGUGGAGUUUUCCACUCCACCUGCUGAUGUCACUCUUACCUUGCUGACGUGGCAACCUGAGGAGGACUCUACAAGCUUUUUCACUGUAGAGACACGAUCCCACUGUGGGGCUGAAGCUUUGAGUUCACUGUGAAGAUGCAAACAAGCUGCUGAAGGAACUAAAUUCUGUUAAUGGGCAUAGAAUGAUUACUCUCCUGCUUUCAGUUGUGCUACAGGGCUCAUUAGUUUUCCAUGCUUUGCACAUUAGAGAGCACUCUUUCCUUUACAGCCGUGUACUUCCUACCUGCCUUAAAAGCCCAAACUCACUGCUGAUGAAUUCAGCAGGAAAGAAGCCUUCAAACAACACGAGCCACCGAUAACAGUUGAAACAGAGUUUCUGUAGGUAAAUGUGUGGAACUAUUGUUGAUGUUUGCCUGCAGCUGUUUAAUGGCUCAGUCUCCAUCUACAGGCAAAGCAGGAGCCAAUCACAGCACAGAAACUGGGUCCAUUCACACCUGUGGCCAUUUUAAAAUCAGGUGGAGAGACCUGCACAUCCAAACUGUGGUUAACAGAGUCAAAUCUUUAAGUAAAUGAACAUCUUAAACAACAGAAUUCACAAAUCGAGUCACCUUCUCUCUAUGAAAAGUUUUUUUUAAGAUGGUGGCAGAAAAGAAUCUUAGUGGCAUCUUAGAAAGCUUUUGUAGAUUUGACUUUAGAUGCAGCAACACGUUAUAAACCCUGAAAUCUAUGGAUGUUACCUGCUGUCUAAACAGGGAGGAGUUCAGUUUGAUUCAUCAUGUGACAAAAUAAAAGUACAGAUUGAAACAUUA